GAGUCUCCAGAGCUAACCACAGCACAAGCUGCCAUGAUUUCUGCACCCUUUCCUGCACCAUCCACCAGCAGAACACUUCUUCCCAGGUCGACCUCCACAUCGAGAACCAGCUCAAGGUCUUCUAGCCACCACCGUCUCAAAGCAUCUCGUAUCGUGUCACCAGGGGUCACAGAUAUCACUGCACCUGAAGUAGUCGAACGGUUACAAGCAGGGAAAGCUCAUUCGCCCGAUACGCUGACCGACUUAGGAGGCCCUUCGUCCUCUACUAUUGCUGGAGGCUCUGCAAUGCAUAGGCGUAAGAGAAGAAGAGUUUCGACUGGUGAAUCAGCGGUAGAUUCUGAAACGGAGAGUGAGGAUGAUCUCGACUUGUUUCAUUGUCCUUCACAAAGCCCUUUCCAAGGCGAGGGCCCUCGGAGGAGAGAAGACGUAACAGGCCAUCCUACAUCUAGCCAUCAAGCACACCCUUCCCCGCAACCACCACGGCAAGGAUCGGUGAAAGAUGAAUUGGAUAUCGACCAACUUCCACUACCAUCCGAUCUCAUAUCACAUUCAAUUUCCUUGCGUCAAAUCGCUGCACCAUCAUCGUCUGCAGCAACACGAGGAAAUUCACCACGCUCAGGCGAAGAUGUCGAUAUUUCUCUUGAAAGUGCCCCCUACCCUACCGAUCUCCUUCCCACUCCUUCGGAGAAUCUUAUGCAAUCAUUAGGCACAUUGACUCAUGAAUCGGCCGCCAGGAUUCAUACGAAUAGCACAGUUACAAAUCCUCGUUCCAUCGAACCGCUAGCAGAGGAAACACCCACGAAACUACCACCGGCAUCGUCAUCCAAACCAAUAUCCACAUCCAGCACUAAUGCUUUCCCCAGUACCUCUGCCCCCAUAUCUGCUCCUCAAGUUGAACCACUCUCUGCCUACACCUGCCCCAUAUGCUUCUCCCCGCCCACCUACGCAACCCUGACACCCUGCGGACACAUUUGCUGCGGCCCCUGCCUUUUCACUGCCGUCAAGUCGACCAUGCAGCGCAGUGUGAACCUCGCGAUGGAGAGGCCUGUACCGAGGUGUCCGAUAUGCAGGGCUGAAAUCCCAAAUUGGGAUGGGCACGGUGGCGGUGUCGUGGGGCUGAAGAUGCAGGUCGUGUAUAUGCUGUGAUUUUGCCCUAGCUUGCAAGCGCUCAGCUUGAUGGCUAGCGACCUAGCAUUCAUCACUGGAACGGCAUCGCAGACAAGAUCCAGAGGCUCCAAUCACGCUCUCUGUCGAUGUAAUGAUGGAUUGGUCCUGCGGCCGCUGACAGGUAGGCCCGUAACACCGUCCCUCGGAGGACAACCAAGGACCCACUAGUGAUAAUUUAAAAUUAGCAGAGCAUUAUUCUAAAGGUCUGACACUCACCUGUGUUAAUACUGUAUAGUUGGUUAGAUCAUAACUGAGUAGGGAUUGCGACGGGAGCUAGUCCUAUGUGAAAUAGGUAUCGUUACACUAGCUAUAUCAAAUUUACAAACCUACUAUUAGCUUUUCUUGCCCGAGGAUGCGCAAUGCAUAGCUCGUUUACACCAGCGGAACUUGUGCUGUCGUUUUUCAGCCUGGCUCUUCGUUAAUCACAACAUGCUCUCCUUGUUC